GGAAGUAACGUAACAAUAGAUUCGAUUCGGCGUACUCGUACUUCCUGUUGUAAACAAACACACGACGAAAUCAGUUUCUUCUGUAACAACAUGCAUAAGUCAGCUCAGAUUCUACCACUGUGUCAACGAGCACUUGCUUCAAAAACUUUUGGGAUAAAUAUAAGCCCAAGGUUGUCAUCACUGAUAUCCAGAUAUAGAAGUACAGCAACAGCCACAGUAGAAGACAAUGCCACUACUGCUCAAACAGAAGUUAAGAAGAAAGCAGAAAUCAAACCCAAGGAGACCAAAUCUUUUGCCAUGAACUUAUUUCGAGGGAGGGUAAUGUCAGAUGAAGUGUUCCCAUACCCAGAAGUUUUAACAAAUGAACAAAAAGAAAUGCUGCAAGCUUUGAUAGAUCCUACAGCCAAAUUCUUUGAAGAACAAAAUGAUGCCCUGAAAAAUGAUGCAUUAGAAAAGGUAGAGGACCAUGUAAUGGAAGGACUAAAGGCAUUAGGGGCAUUUGGUUUACAAGUCCCUGAAGAAUUAGGUGGUGUAGGGUUAAGUAAUACACAGUAUGCCAGACUGGUAGAGAUUGUUGGAUCACAUGAUCUUGGAGUGGGGAUUACAUUAGGUGCACAUCAGUCCAUCGGAUUCAAAGGUAUAUUGUUAUUUGGUACUCCAGAACAAAAAGCCCAAUAUCUGCCAAAGCUUGCCAGUGGAGAAAACAUGGCAGCCUAUUGUCUAACAGAACCUUCCAGUGGAUCUGAUGCUGCAUCAGCUAAAUGUAGGGCAGAGCUGUCUCCAGAUGGAAAACAUUUUAUAUUGAAUGGUAGUAAACUUUGGAUCAGUAAUGGUGGUUUGGCUGAAAUUUUCACAGUGUUUGCUCAAACUCCAGUUAAAGACGAGAAAACAGGAGAAACCAAAGAUAAAUUGUCUGCUUUUAUUGUGGAACGAUCAUUUGGUGGUGUGUCAAAUGGGCCUCCAGAGAAGAAAAUGGGAAUAAAGGCAUCAAACACUGCAGAGGUAUACUUUGAAGACUGUCCUAUUCCAGUAGAAAAUGUAUUAGGAGAGGUUGGAGGUGGUUUUAAGGUAGCUAUGAAUGUUCUCAAUAAUGGUAGAUUUGGUAUGGCAGCUGCUCUUUCAGGGACAAUGAACUAUUGUAUUCAGAAAGCUAUUGAGCAUGCAUCACAGAGAACCCAGUUUAAAAAGAAAUUAUCAGACUUUGGUUCUAUUCAAGAGAAGAUUGCUAGAAUGGUUAUGGUUCAAUAUGUCACUGAGUCCAUGGCAUAUAUGUUGUCAGCUAAUAUGGAUCAAGGAGCAACAGAAUUCCAGAUUGAGGCUGCUAUCAGCAAGGUGUAUGCUUCUGAAGCAGCCUGGUUUUGUGCAGAUGAAGCUGUACAGAUCCUUGGUGGAAUGGGUUACAUGAGGGAUUGUGGAUUAGAGAGAGUAAUGAGAGAUUUGAGGAUCUUUAGAAUCUUUGAAGGAACCAAUGAAAUUCUUCGAUUGCUUGUGGCUUUGACAGGCAUGAAUCAUGCUGGAGAACAUUUACGACAACUACAAAAAGCUUUAGAAAAUCCUUUGUCAAAUGUUGGAACUUUGUUUGGUGCUGCUGGAACUAGGGCUAAAAGAAUGGCUGGUAUGAGUACAGGUUUAUCAUUAACACAGUAUGUCCAUAAAGAUCUCACAGCAUCAGCUGAUCAGACUGCUAAAGCCAUAGAAAGUUUUGGGUUUACUGUUGAAGACCUUCUAACGAAAUACAAAAAGAACAUUAUAAAUGAACAAUAUAUAUUGAACCGAGUUUCUGAUUCCGCUAUUGAUAUCUAUGCCAUGGUUUGUGUCUUGUCCAGAGCAUCCAGAUCACUGUCCAAUGGUUUAGAAUCAGCCAAGCAUGAAAGCACUAUUUGUCAGGUCUUUUGUGAUGAGGCUUCACAGAAAAUUGAGAAGAAUUUAAAACUUACACAUUCUGCUGGAUCAUUGAAGAACUAUAAACAAUUAGCUCAAAUUUCUACAGAUGUGAUGGAAAACAAUGGCACUAUUCAGGAACAUCCUUUAGGAUUUUAAUGUAGGAGUAACUAGGAUUUCAAUGAACAAACAACCAAUAGGCAUUAAAAACAUCUUAGAUAAUUGUUAGUAAAACAUAGUGUUCUAAAAAGUGUGGUCAGAUUGAUGUAUUCAUGCUUUGUCAAUUAUUUAUGUUUUAAUAAAAAAAAAAAUCAAAGUAGAAAAUUAAAAUAAAUUAAACAUUUCUUCAUUCUUAUGUAUAUUAAAAUUGAAUAAGUAUAUUCAAAAUUUAAAAAGAUGAAACAAGAUAAAAAAUGUGACAAUAGUUCACAAAUUAUUGCCCUCAUAUAUUCAAUAAAUGAUAGAGCAAUCUUUUUAAUAAAAAAAAACUGCUAAUCAAUAUAUUUUUGGCAUCUUUUAAUUUUCAUUUUAAACAAAGGAGGGAUUUGCAAAUUUGUGUUAUUUAUAAAAUAGAUGAUAAGGUACAAAAAGCUUCAUCAGGGAGAAAUUAAACCAAAGGAAUAGAACCAAAGGAUUUUUACAAAAUUUAUUAUACAAAAUGUUUACAAACUGAUGGUUAUGCAUAAGAGUGCAACAUUCAUACUUGACAUGAAGUUAGAUAGUGAUAUGUUUUUUUUUAUGCAAAGGAAUUUUAGAAACAAAUAUUUGAAAAAUGGGUUUUUAAGGAAAAUACUAUAUGAAUGUCUAAUAAAAAAAUAGUGAUAAGGUUUUCAUCAAUGAUUAUCUUUAAGAAAGUAGAAAAAAACAUGGCAAAAUAUUUUUUGUAAUGAAGUUUUCAUCAGAUAGAACCAUGUACUUACUAGAGUUGGAUCAUUAACCAGAUUUGAUCAUACACAUGAAAUUCUGAGAGAGUUUGAUUAUUUCUCUUAUAAUUAUGACACAUUUUAGUGAUUUGAAACCACUGUAAUAUUUAUGUAAUAUAUUUAUGUACCUAUGUCUUUCAAAAGGACAUUUUUUAUGUGUUUUUAUAGAACUUUUUGUAUAAUGUGUUAAAGUUCUUUUAAAACUUGCCACAAGUUAUUGGUAGUAAUUUUCUGAAAUCAUUAUUUCAUCUUUUAACAUCUUUACUUGUUUUUAGUCUUCAUUAUUAUUGAAAAUGACACAGUUAAGCAAUAUUGAACAAGAACUAUACAUUCAUGAUUGUCACACAAAAUGUUAAUCUCUAAAUUGUAGGAAUCCUAGUUAGAAAGUAUGCUGUUUUACAUACUGCAGCCGAACAGAGCAAUGCUUAAUAGUAAAAAGAAAACGGUUAACUUUUAUAUACAAACUAUUCAUUAACUUUGUUUAAUCAUGGCCGUAGAUCUACUACCCAACAAUGAAAAUAAUCUGCUACAAAAGAUAUUUUUAGAAUAAAAUUCAUGACUUGUAAAUGAUUUUAUUGAAACCGCUAUACAUCAAGUUAUGUUGCAUCUUACAAAUUUCUGUUUUUAAGUUUGCUUAAAAAAUAAACCAAUAUAUUUCUUUGUUUGCUGAUUAGAAAUAUAUAAACAUGUGAAUCUCAGUUUGUAAAUAGAGUAAAUAUGAAAAAAAUGCUGCAUUGAUUUUUUUUGUUUGUAAAUGUAGUUAUUAAGCGAUGCCUAUCAAUGCAAGUGUAAAUACAAUUAUUUAAAGAUUGGGAAGAUGGUUUACUUUUUAGUGUGUUUAAAUGUGAUAAAAAUGAAAUGUGUUACUGAUUCUCUUGUGUAUUAUGUAUAUUAAUCAACAAUGUAAAAAAUCUAACACAAAUGUCAUUUUAGUAUUUAGAUUAAAAAAUUGCACUCAUUUAUUAUGUGACAAAUCAUUAUUCUAUUUUUUACUGGAUUUAGAUUAGUUAUAUAUGUUUUGUUUUGAUUAUACUGAAUUUUGAUUUACUUGAAAUAACUCAGGACCAAUGAAUAAUCAUUUAUUUGUGCAGGAAAUUAAGUAUGAUUAAACCUAACGGUAAUGAAUUCAACAUACAUGUUACUUUAGUUCUAUCAUGAAUUAAAAGAAAUUACCAAC